AUGUCGUCCGCAGUCGCCAAGCGCCUCGAGGGCAAGACCAUCGUCAUUACCGGCGCAUCGUCCGGUAUCGGGCGGAGCACCGCGUUCGAGUUCGCCCGCACGGCGCCCAAGGACCUCAAACUCAUCCUGACGGCUCGCCGCAUUGACACGCUCAAGGAGAUCGCUGCCGAGAUCAAGAAGGAGGUCGGCGAUGGCGUCAAGGUCCUGCCAGUGAAGCUCGACGUGAGCAACCCGGACGAGGUCCGGGACUUCGUGCCUAGCCUGCCUGAGGAGUUCAAAGACAUCAAUGUGCUGGUCAACAACGCGGGUCUGGUCAAGGGCGUUGCGCAGGCGCCUAACAUCGCCGAGGAGGACAUGAACAUCAUGUUCGCGACUAACGUCACCGGCCUCAUCAACAUGACGCAGGCCAUCCUGCCCAUCUAUAAGAAGAGGCCUGAGGGCGGCGCAGGCGACAUCAUCAACAUCGGCUCCAUUGCCGGCCGCGAGCCCUACGCCGGCGGCGGCAUCUACUGUGCGACCAAGGCCGCCGUGCGCAGCUUCACCGACAGCUUGAGGAAGGAGCUGAUUGCGACGAGGAUCAGGGUUAUCGGUAUUGACCCUGGUCAGGUUGAGACGGAGUUCUCGGUUGUAAGGUUCUACGGCGACAAGUCUAAGGCUGAUGCGGUCUAUGCCGGAGUUGAGCCUUUGACUCCCGACGAUAUUGCUGAAGUUGUAGUCUUCGCUGCGGGACGAAGAGAGAAUGUUGUCAUCGCAGACACUUUGAUUUUCCCUAGCCACCAGGCUGCCGCAGGACAAAUGCACAGGAAGUCUACAUAA